AUGGUGAAACAGGGAAAAAGAAGAAAGAUAAAUAGAAUUGAAGAAAACAGAACAUGUUUCUUUUUAGCUUUUGCAUCAAACAUUCCAUAUACGCGCAGGCAUACAGGAGAAUGCCAGAUUCUGUUGAGAACAAAUGCAAAAACAAUUUUAAGUUCCUCCUGGCAUGUUAGUUUCAAAGGGCGAGGAACAAUCGUCCAAAACCGAUGCCAGGUCGAAACAAGUUGUGUUGUGCUUGUGGAUGAGUAUGAGUAUGAGGUGACCCGUCCCGCCGAGGGGUGGGGGCAGCGCACCAACUCCAGAGCCUUUUUUUCAUUUUUUGUCUUGGCCCGCAGUUUUCAAAUUUUCGCCUUCCCACUGGAUAAAGUUCAAGAAUUCUCUCAAUACUUUCUCCCUCUACGUACACAUUCAAAUUACGAUCACCUCCUUCGAUCAUAUUCUAAAGCUUCCACCGCCGGCAAAUCGACCAUAUUUUCUGGAACGAAAAGUGGGGAUGAAGACGACGAGUUUGUGGAGACCCAGUACUACAAAGAGUUGGAAUCCAUUGAUAAACAGCAUCGCACGACAGGAAAUGGUUUUAUGAAAAGGGACAUGGAAAAGAGCGGAAAUGAAGAGCAUUUUCAAUUACGAGGAAGCCAUGGCACUAAUGGAGGAUUUAAACAGACAAUUUUCAAAACUAACCCAGCAACAAAUGAUUGGAUUCCAAGCUUCGAAGAUCACCAGGUUGAAUAUAUUUCGUCGAAGCCAAAUCGGAGCGAGAGUUGUUAGGUCGCCGGCAGUAGGAGAGAUUAUCAUGCCAUGGACUUAUCUUAUUUUAAUCUUGUAUUAUUGGAAAGAGAAAUUAGUCAUUUGGUGAGAAUAAAAUAUAUGGAAUUAUUGAGUAUUC